AUGGCCAUCUGCUCGGUGAUGCUGGUGGACGUGCAGCAGCAUCCAAACUCGAAGACAUCAGCGAAGGAGGCGUGGGACAUGCUCAAGACAUUGCAUCUAGGGCACUCGCGUGUGCGCGAGGCGAACUUGCAAACUUUGCUGAAAAGUUACAAGAAUCUGAGGAUGGAAGAAGAUGAGACGGUGGAUGCCUUCGCCAUGAGGGUUGCUACGAUGGUAAACGGGAUUCGUGGUCUCGGAGAGAAGUUGGAGGACAUCUCCGUGGUCCGGCGUUUCCUACCUGCCGCUCCACCGCGCUACAUGUCGAUUGUGUUAGCGACCAAGCAAUGUGUUGAUCUCAAGACUCUCACUUUGGAUGAUCUGGUUGGUCGCGUCAAGGCGCAUGACGAGCGGAUGAAGUUGAGUUACGGCGACGCGAAACAGGAUGAGUACCUAAUGCUUACACGCGCUCAGUGGCAGGCAAUGGUUUCCAAGGAGAACAAUUUCGACAAGGCAUCCAGUAGCGGCAGAAAGUACCAUCCCACAAAGGACACCGACAAACUGUCGGAGAAGCCAAAGAAGAAAAAAUUCAACAAGAGGAAGAUCCGCUGCCACAACUAUAAUCUGCUCGGGCACUUCAUGUCAGAGUGUAAGAAUUCCCCGAAGGAGAAGGCGCUCAUGGCCCAGCUAGGAGACGAAAGUGACAUGAUUUUGAUGUGCGAACUCGUGGACAAGGCGGAUCUAGUUCUUCAAGCGUCGGCUAAAGAAAUUGUGAAAUAA